UGACAGAAAAGAUUGAAUAUUGAAAACAAGUUGCAAGUUUUGUGGGUUGAGGAGAAAUUGAAUUAAACAAUAUUAAUUAAAAACAAUAACUAGGUAAAAUGGAUUACACAAAUAAGAACUUCCCGGAACUGAAAAACGAUAGACUAUUGCGUGCAGCCUUGGGCAAAGAAGUCGAUAAAGUACCAGUAUGGGUGAUGCGGCAAGCUGGUAGAUAUCUUCCCGAAUUUCAAGCCGUACGAGCUAAGCAUGAUUUCUUCACCGUAUGCCGAACGCCGGAACUGGCUUGCGAGGUUACUCUGCAGCCUUUAAGACGAUAUGAACACCUUGACGCCUCUAUUAUAUUUAGUGAUAUCCUUGUUAUACCACAGGCUUUAGGAAUGACAGUAGAAAUGCAUCCUGGAGUGGGUCCUGUAUUCCCGAACCCAUUACAAGACCCAUCAGAUAUCGAUCAACUGCAAGAGGAUGGAGCAGUGUCACGCUUGUUGUAUGUUGGAAAAGCUAUUACGCUAACAAGACACAAAAUUGAGGGGAAAGUACCUUUGAUUGGAUUUACUGGAGCACCUUUCACAUUAUUAGGUUACAUGAUUGAGGGUGGAGGAAGUAAAACUAUGGCAAAAACAAAAGACUGGUUACAAAAUCAUUCCAAAGAUGUACACAGACUGCUUCAAAUGCUGACUCGAGUCAUCAUAGAUUAUUUAGUUAUGCAGGUCGAAAGUGGUGCUCAAUUGCUACAAGUUUUUGAAUCCAGUGCAGAUCACCUAACCAGAGAGCAGUUUGCUGAUAUAUCUGCACCAUAUUUAAAGGAUAUUAGAAAUGAAGUGAAAAUUAAACUUGGAGAAAAACAACUGGGGCAAGUCCCUAUGACUAUUUUUGCAAAAGGCGCAGGGCAUUCUUUAGAUGUCCAAUCUCAAUUGGGAUAUGAAACUAUAGGGCUUGACUGGACCGUUGACCCAGUUGAGGCCAGAAAAAUUGUUGGAGAUGGCAUCACAUUACAAGGCAACCUGGAUCCGCAAGAUUUGUAUAAAACUCCCGAGGAAAUUAGAAACCUAACCAUAAACAUGGUACGGAAAUUCGGAAAAUUGAGAUAUAUAGCCAACUUAGGACAUGGAAUCACGCCUCAAACGCCACUAGAAAGCAUGGCCGCUUUCACUGAAUCAGUUCAUGAAGCUCUUUGAUUGUGCUACAAGUAAAAUCUUAAGAUAAAUCUUGCAUAAAAUAGAAUUGUUGUUGUUGAACUUAAGGGUAUAUAUAAUGAGUUAUUAUUACUUAAGGGUAUAUAUAAAGGUUAUUAUUUAAUAUUUUGUUGCUUUUUGGUAAUAAAACAACUGCAUUUUG